GGCUCACAUCUCCCGGGGGAGCCCUCAGACGCAGCGGUGACCUUGCCAGGAAAGUGGCGCGGCUCCAGCCCAGAGGGCCCCGCGCCCCCGUCCGGAGGCUCUGGGACCCCGUGUCCCGCCGUCUGGAGUGGAAGCAGAUCUUCCCCUGCCAGCACCCCACCCCAGUUCCUCAGCCGGGCCCCGGCGGGGCUGUUCCCUCUAAGCUAAGAGCUGAGGAGCCGUGAGUCUGGUCAGCCUGGCCUGGAUGCCAAGGAAGAUGCCAGAAGCGCAGUGACCGAGGCCUGGGGUGGAGCCGGCAGGCACCGCGGUGCCCAUGGACCUGCAGGCCGAGGGGCCCCCUCCCCAACCCCCCCUGCCGGGCUCGGAGCGGCCAGAGGCCUAGGCCCGCAGGGAGGGUGUCGGCACACAGAUGCCCUCCAGGCCCUGGGCUCUCCUGAGUGGGCUUCCCGAGCAGGUGUGCCAGGGGCAGAGCAUGCCAGCCAAGGGGCGCUACUUCCUCAAUGAGGGCGAGGAGGGCCCGGACCACGAUGCCCUGUACGAGAAGUACCGCCUCACCAGCCAGCACGGGCCGCUGCUGCUCACGCUCCUGCUGGUGGUCAUCGUGGCUUGCAUCGCCCUCAUCGUCAUCACUUUCAGCUACGGGGACCUCUCCGGACGGCAGGCCGUGCUGGCGACGGCGUUCCUGGCGCUCGCCGUGUUCGUGGUGCUGUACGUGCUGGUAUACGUCGAGUGCCUGGUCCAACGGUGGCUCCGGACCUCGGCGCUGCUCAUCUGGGCCUGCCUGGUGACGCUGGGCUACGUGCUGGUGUUCAACGCGUGGACGAAGGCGGCCUGUGCGUGGGAGCAGGUGCCCUUCUUCCUGUUCAUCGUCUUCGUGGUGUACACGCUGCUGCCCUUCACCAUGCGGGGCGCCGUCGCGCUCGGGGUCGUCUCCAGUGUGUCCCACCUCCUGGUGCUUGGUACGCUGAUGGGGGUCUCCUCGUCACCCAGCGUCUGGGUGUGGCUGCAGCUGCUGGCCAACGCGAUCGUCUUCCUGUGCGGGAACCUCACGGGCGCCUUCCACAAGCACCACAUGCAGGGCGCCGCCCUCGAGCUCUUCACCUACACGGUCAAGUGCAUCCAGAUCCGCCGCAAGCUGCGCAUCGAGAAGCGCCAGCAGGAGAACCUGCUGCUGUCGGUGCUCCCGGCCCACAUCUCCAUGGGCAUGAAGCUGACCAUCAUCGAGCGGCUCAAGGAGUGCGGGGACCGCCGCUACAUGCCCGACAACAACUUCCACAGCCUCUACGUCAAGCGGCACCAGAACGUCAGCAUCCUCUACGCCGACAUCGUGGGCUUCACGCGGCUGGCCAGCGACUGCUCCCCCAAAGAGCUGGUGGUGAUGCUGAACGAGCUGUUCGGGAAGUUCGACCAGAUCGCCAAGGCCAACGAGUGCAUGCGCAUCAAGAUCCUGGGGGACUGCUACUACUGCGUGUCGGGCCUGCCCGUGUCCCUGCCCACCCACGCCCGCAACUGUGUGAAGAUGGGGCUGGACAUGUGUGAGGCCAUUAAGCAGGUGCGGGAGGCCACGGGCGUGGACAUCAGCAUGCGUGUGGGCAUACACUCGGGGAACGUGCUGUGCGGUGUCAUCGGGCUGCGCAAGUGGCAGUACGACGUGUGGUCGCACGACGUGUCCCUGGCCAACAGGAUGGAGGCGGCUGGAGUCCCCGGGCGGGUGCAUAUCACAGAGGCGACCCUGAACCACCUGGACAAGGCGUACGAGGUGGAGGAUGGGCACGGGCAGCAGCGGGACCCCUACCUGAAGGAGAUGAACAUCCAAACCUACCUAGUCAUCGACCCCCGGAGCCAGCAGCCGCCCCCACCCAGCCAGCACCUCCCCAAGCCCAAGGGGGACGCGGCCCUGAAGAUGCGGGCCUCCCUGCGCAUGACCCGCUACCUCGAGUCCUGGGGCGCCCAGCGGCCCUUCGCCCACCUCAACCACCGCGAGAGCGUGAGCAGCAGCGAGACCCCUGUCCCCAACUGCCGGCGGCCGAAGGCCAUCCCGCUGCGGCGCCACCGCACCCCCGACAGAAGUGCGUCCCCCAAGGGGCGGUCGGAGGACGACGCCUAUGACGACGAGAUGCUGUCAGCCAUUGAGGGGCUCAGCUCCACGAGGCCCUGCUGCUCCAAGUCUGAUGACUUUUACACCUUCGGGCCCAUCUUCCUGGAGAAGGGCUUCGAGCGAGAGUACCGCCUGGCGCCCAUCCCCCGGGUCCGCCACUACUUCUCCUGCGCCGGCCUCGUCUUCGUCUGCCUCCUGCUGGUCCACGUCCUGCUCAUGCCCAGGACGGUGGCUCUGGGGGUGUCCUUCGGGCUGGUGGCCUGCGUGCUGGGGCUGGUGCUGGGCCUGUGCUUUGCCGACGAGUUGCUGCGGUGCUGCCCGGCCUGGACGGGGCUCCGGGCCGUCUCCGGGAGGGUGGAGACGCACCCGCUGCUGCGCGUGGCCCUGGCCGUGCUCACCGUGGGCAGCCUGCUCACCAUCGCCAUCGUCAACAUGCCCUUGCUGCCCUCCCCAGCCUUGGGGCUGCCUGCUGGGAACCAGACCAGCUUGAGCAGCCGGGAGAGGACCCCCUGGACCCCCUGCGAACUCCUCCCGCAUCACACCUGCAGCUGCAUCCUGGCCUUGGUGGCCUGCUCCGUCUUCCUGAGGAUGAGCCUGGAGCUGAAGGUGGUGCUGCUGACGGCGGCCUUGGUGGCCUACCUGCUGCUCUUCCACCUCUCCCUGUGCGCGCAGUGGGACUGCUGCGGCCCUGGCCUGCGCAACCGCACCGAGACCAACGCCACCCUCAGGCGACCGGUCUCGGUGGCUCUUCCCGGGUGGCACUGGGGGAGUCUGGGCCCCAUGCCCAUGUUUGGGGGUGAGAGCUGGAAGGGACCCUGCCUCUCCCUUCACUCCCUCAGCUCCUCCGCCUGCUCCUGGUCGGAUCUGAAGACCAUGAUCAGCUUCUACCUGGUUCUGUUCUACGCCACCCUCAUCUUGCUCUCCCGACAGAUCGACUAUUACUGCCGCCUGGACUGUCUGUGGAAGAAGAAGUUCAAGAAGGAGCGCGAGGAGUUUGAGACCAUGGAGAGCGUGAACCGCCUGCUGCUGGAGAACGUGCUGCCGGCCCACGUGGCCGCCCACUUCAUCGGGGACAAGCUGAACGAGGACUGGUACCAUCAGUCCUACGACUGCGUCUGCGUCAUGUUCGCCUCGGUGCCCGAGUUCAAAGUGUUCUACACGGAGUGCGACGUCAACAAGGAGGGGCUGGAGUGCCUGCGCCUGCUCAACGAGAUCAUCGCGGACUUCGAUGAGCUGCUGCUGAAGCCCAAGUUCAGCAGCGUGGAGAAGAUCAAGACCAUUGGCAGCACCUACAUGGCAGCUGCGGGGCUCAGCGUGCCCUCUGGGCAUGAGAACCAGGACCUGGAGCGACAGCACGCCCACAUCGGCAUCAUGGUGGAGUUCAGCAUGGCCCUGAUGAGCAAGCUGGACGGCAUCAACCGGCACUCCUUCAACGCCUUCCGCCUCCGCGUCGGCAUAAACCACGGGCCUGUGAUCGCUGGAGUGAUCGGGGCGCGGAAGCCUCAGUAUGACAUCUGGGGAAACACGGUCAACGUUGCCAGCAGAAUGGAGAGCACUGGAGAGCUGGGGAAGAUCCAGGUGACCGAGGAGACGAGCAGCAUCCUCCAGGGCCUCGGAUACUCCUGCGAAUGCCGGGGCCUGAUCAACGUCAAGGGCAAAGGGGAGCUGAGGACCUACUUUGUCUGCACAGACACGGCCAAGUGCCAGGGGCCCGGGCUGAACUGAGGGCUGCUGGGAGGGGCAGGACCUCCCCGAUGCCAGCCAAACCCGUGGAAGAUGCAGCCACAGUCACCAAGGCCGUCCGAGGGCUGGCCGCCAUCGGCUCCUGACAGGUGCUUGUGUGGGCCUCAGGAGCCUGCAUGAGCGGACUUCUGGGGCACGGUGCCAGCCCCAGCUUCACCUCCCCACGCUGGGCAGUCGGAACCCGUGUGCUGGUGUGGGGAACGCACCCCCGCCCCAGGAAAAGGCUCCGGAGUUUCAGCUCCUUGUUCAGGUUCCUCUGCUGCUGGCCUGCUGUGGUCUUGACCGACCCCCCUCAUGGCCGGGAGCUGCCCAGCUACCUGUUUUCCAGGCACAGGAGGACGGAGACAAGUAGUUGGCAUGGGCUGGACGCCUUUCGCCCCAGCGACCAGCUACGGCUUCCAUAUUUCUCACCCAGGUGUUCUGGUGAAUGGAGCUGGAAAGGGCGUUUCAAAUGUAUAGAUGGUUUCAAACAGCGGGGAGAAAACCCCAGUGGACGUGGGUUACUUGCUGUCUCUGGCACGUUUCUUUAACAUGUUAUGCGCCAGGCCUGUUUUGUCUUCCUUUCCGUUUAGCCCGCAAUACCCGAUUUCACCGAUAUGCUGGCGGCACCAGUGACUGACCGGUCCGGACGGAAAGCAGUGUCACCCUCCCUUGUACUUGGUGCAGACGGGGACAUGAGCUUGCUGUCAGGCCUCAGGUCUGGCCAGGCCCUGGAACUGUUGGUGCAGCAGCUGGACACAGGGUCAGAGGGCUCUGAGCUGAGUAUAGAAGAGCAGCUUGGGGUACUGGGGGGCUGGACCCCAGCCUGCAUGAGAGGACUAAGUGACUGACAUGGCACUUAACGUGUUAAAUGGCUGCGUUAUCAAUGAAGGUUUUGUCCUUUUUAAUGACUUUAGAUCCGAGACAAGCCUCUUCCCUCCAGGGUAGUCUCUGCCUUUUAACCACCGGCACGCCAGCAGGACCCCCGUCCAGGGUCAGCUCCGGGGCCGCCCCGGCUGUGGGGACGCAGCUCUGUGGAAGGUGGCCCCCACUUUGACUCCAGCCUUUCGAGGUUAGGUUCAGUCAGCAGAAAGCCUGCAAAGUUAGGCCCAGCCACCUCAGCCGCCUACUGCACGUUGGCACCGUCCCCUGCAAGCUUCGGCAGGAAGGAGAGGGGCUGGGGCGCCCAGCACCUCUGGGACCCUCUCCUGUCCUCUCGUCCGCAUACUGACGCUGAGGAGCUUCAAGCCAGCGGGGGCACAUGGAGAGGUCCCUGACCUGGUUGCGGAGAUGUUCUGACCGAAUAAACCACGGCCAGUGCCAAAGCAUCUAUGAGCUUCGACUCACAGAACCCCAAGUCCCGCCAGGCCCCACGGGGCAAGAACCAGCCCGCCGCUCCUCGUUCUGCACUGCCCGCCGCCUGGGCAGAGCUGCCGAUCUAACGCAGGCGACUUACGACCGCAGGGACCCCCGGAUCUAAUGUGGGUGACGUCACUAUCAGAUGGACCCCCGGAUCUAAUGCAGGUGACGUCACUAUCAGAUGGACCCCCGGAUCUAAUGCAGGUGACGUCACUAUCACAUGGACCCCCGGAUCUAAUGCAGGCGACUCAAUACCACAGGGACCCCCGGAUCUAACGCAGGUGACGUCACUAUCAGAUGGACCCCCGGAUCUAAUGCAGGUGACGUCACUAUCACAUGGACCACGGGAUCUAAUGCAGGCGACUCACUAUCACAGGGACCCCUGCAUCUAAUGCAGGUGACGUCACUACCGCAGGGCUAUCGGUUAGUCACCCACAGACCCCUGGGAUUAGGGAACUGCAGAGACUUCAGGAAGAGGAGACAGGGUCGCAGGCAGGGCCACUUGCACAGGGUGCUGGUGGGUGCGCUGUGUUGCAUGUAACUGGAAUGGUCUGAGUCGGCUCCAGGAGCUGUGUGGCAGCGAUGCUGGAAGGGAAUAAGCCUUACCUGGCCCUUUUACACACCAGUUCUUCAUGUGAAGGGCUGGUUUCAGGUAAGUCCUGUGCUGCAGCCCAUCCUCUUAGAGCAGCGUAAACAUUCGGCUACAGGAGCUUAAGAAAUACCUGGUUACCAUGAAUGUACGUCUGUGUUUACAAUUAAAGCACUGUGCCCGGAUGAGAUGAGCUUUCGGUGUUCAGACAGGAGGGUAUAACUGACCAGGAAAGUCACUUGCAAUUGUUUUAUAAAGGUUUUC